CAAAUGUAACAAACAACAAACAACGCAGGGCUGCGCGAAGACGAAGAUUCUAUUCGCAUUUCGCCUCCUCCUCCUCCUCCUCCUCCUCCUCUCUCCUUCCCUUCCCUUGCGGUGAAGUGGUGUACUACUACUACUACUAGUGCUACUACUCCUCGACUCCUCCUCGUCGUCGUCUUCGUCUCGUUGCCUCCGCCUCUCCAUCCCCUUUGCUGCCUCUUCUUGGGUGGGGUUGGGUUGGGUUCUUGGCGGCGGCGAGGGUGGUGUGAAUUUUGGGUGGAGGGGUGGUGUUUGAUCGAUUGAUGAGUUGGGGAAGAUCAAGAUGAGGGCGGAUCUUAGCACCAUACAGCAGACGCUCACGCCGGAAGCCGCGGCCGCGCUGGCGAGGGCCAUGGAUGAGGCUGGGCGGCGCCGGCAUGGGCAGACCACGCCGCUGCACGUCGCCGCCGCGCUUCUUGCCGCGCCGGCGGGGCUGCUCAGGCAGGCCUGCGCGAGGGCGGCGUCGGCGGCGGGGGUGGGUGGGGGUGGUGGCGCGGCGGCGGGGGCGGGGGCGGGGGCGCACCCGCUGCACUGCCGCGCGCUCGAGCUCUGCUUCUCCGUCGCGCUGGAUAGGCUCCCGGCUGCUGCGGCGGCGGCUGCGGCGGCGCAUGGGGCGGGGGCGUCGCCGCCCGUGUCGAACGCGCUCGUCGCGGCGCUCAAGCGGGCGCAGGCGCAGCAGCGGCGUGGGUGCCCCGAGGCGGCGCAGCAGCCGCUCCUCGCCGUCAAGGUGGAGCUCGAGCAGCUCGUGCUGUCCAUCCUCGACGACCCCUCCGUCAGCCGCGUCAUGCGGGAGGCGUCCUUCUCCUCCGCCGCCGUCAAGUCCAUCAUCGAGCAGUCGCUCUCCGCCCCCUCGCCGUGCCCCUCCGCCGCGGCCUCCACCACGACGGCCGGGCCCGGCCCGCUCUCCCCGUCGCCAUCCCCACUCCCGCGCGCCGGCGCGGCCAACGCAUACCUCAACCCUCGCCUCGCAGCCGCCGCCGCCGUCGCCAGCGGCGGCGGCGGCGGCGGUGGCGACGAUGCGCGCAAGGUGAUCGACGUCAUGCUCAAGCCGACGCGCCGCAACCCGGUGCUCGUCGGCGACGCCGGCCCGGACGCGGUGCUCAAGGAGGCAAUCCGGAGGAUCCCGACGGCCGGCUUCCCGGCCCUCGCCGGCGCGAAGGUUCUUCCUCUGGAGGCGGAGCUCGCCAAGCUCGCCGGCGACAAGGCGGCGAUGGCGGCGAGGAUCGGGGACCUGGGCGCGGUGGUCGAGAGGCUCCUCGGCGAGCACGGCGGCGUGGUCCUUGACCUCGGCGACCUCAAGUGGCUCGUCGACGGGCCCGCGGCGGCGGCGUCGGAAGGGGGCAAGGCCGCGGUGGCGGAGAUGGGGCGCCUUCUCCGUCGAUUCGGGCGCGCCGGCGUGUGGGCCGUCUGCACGGCGGCGUGCACCACCUACCUCCGCUGCAAGGUCUACCACCCGGGGAUGGAGGCGGAGUGGGACCUCCACGCCGUGCCCAUCGCCCGCGGCGGCGCGCCGAUCGCCGCCGCCGCCGCCGGCUCAGCUCUCCGGCCUGGAGGCAGUGGAAUUCUCAACAGCUCGAUGGGGAUGCUAUCACCUGCACUUCGGCCUAUGCCAGUGACACCAACGGCGCUCCGGUGGCCGCCUCCGGGGAGCGACCAGUCUCCGGCAGCAAAGCCGGCCAUGUGCUUGCUUUGCAAGGGUAGCUAUGAGCGCGAGCUCGCUAAGCUUGAGGCCGAGCAGACGGAUAAGCCGGCGUCCCGCCCUGAGGCUGCCAAGCCUGGAUUGCCACACUGGCUGCAGCUCAGCAAUGAUCAAAAUAAGGCCAAGGAGCAAGAGCUGAAACUUAAGAGGAGCAAAGAUGAGCUUGAGAGGAAAUGGCGCGAGACGUGUGCCCGAAUCCACUCCGCCUGUCCCAUGGCACCGGCGCUCUCCGUGCCUCUUGCCACAUUCACGCCACGCCCACCCGUCGAGCCCAAAUUGGGGGUCGCAAGGGGUGCCGCUGUCCCCACUCUUAAGAUGAAUCCCAGUUGGGAGAAGCCCUCGGUUGCGCCGACCCUUGAGCUCCGUAAGAGCCCUCCUGCCAGCCCAGUGAAAACUGACCUUGUGCUCUGUCGCUUGGACCCGGGCACGAAUCCUGCUGUGGAGAAUGAGCAGAAGGAAAGUUGUGAAGGACUAACGGCUCUACAAAAGGCCAAGAUUGCUGGAAUUUCUGAUAUUGAAUCCUUCAAGAGGCUCCUCAAGGGGCUUACAGAGAAGGUCAGCUGGCAGUCAGAUGCCGCUUCAGCCAUUGCUGCUGUUGUAAUACAAUGCAGAUCUGGCAGCGGGAAGCGGCGGAACGUUGGGACAAGGGGUGACAUGUGGCUCCUGUUUGUUGGCCCUGAUCAAGCUGGUAAGAGGAAGAUGGUGAACGCAUUGUCUGAGCUGAUGGCAAACACCAGACCAGUCGUCGUGAACUUUGGUGGUGACUCCCGGUUGGGCAGGGUCGGCAAUGAUGGUCCUAACAUGGGUUUCUGGGGAAAAACUGCACUCGACCGGGUCACUGAGGCAGUUCGGCAGAACCCAUUCUCGGUGAUUGUUCUGGAGGGCAUCGAUCAAGUGGACGUUGUUGUGCAUGGAAAGAUCAAACGGGCAAUGGAGACCGGUCGCCUACCAGACUCCCGUGGGCGUGAGGUCAGCCUUGGUAAUGUCAUAUUUGUGCUCACCACAAACUGGGUACCCGAGGAGCUCAAGGGAUCAAACGUUGAGACUCUGCUACGAGGUGAAGAGAGGAUGUUGGAGUCAACAAGUUCGAGUUGGCAACUAGAGCUCUCGAUUGGUGACAAACAGGUCAAGCACCGAGCAGAUUGGCUAUGCGAUGAUGUUCGCCCUGCAAAGUUAGCAAAAGAACUGUCCAGUAGUCACGGUCUGUCACUUGACCUCAAUUUGGCAGUCGGCGCCUUGGAUGACACUGAGGGCUCACAUAAUUCCAGUGAUGUCUCGGUGGAACAAGAGCAGGAGAAAGGGCAGCUUGCAGUCAAGCGAUCAACACCGGCCCCUGGCUCUGAUAUAUUGGAACUUGUCGAUGAUGCCAUUGUGUUCCGACCUGUUGACUUCACGCCAUUCAGGAAGACGGUUACAGAUUGCAUAUCGGCGAAAUUUGAAUCGGUCAUGGGGAGCAGCAGCUCAUUCAGGAUUGAUGAAGAUGCCGUCGAUUGGAUGGUUGGCAGUGUCUGGCUUACCGACGAGAAGAUUGAGGACUGGGCCGAGAAAGUGCUCAAGCCGAGCAUUGAGCGAUUGUGGCACAAUGUGAAACAUGAUAGCGGGCGCUCUAUCAUUCGUCUUACAGCAGUUGCAGCCAAGGCAUUGCCAAGGUGGGGAGGGGGCAGGGAAGGGCUACCGGUGGCGGUAACGAUCGCCAUUGAUGGCAUGUAGAGAGGGAACUGGGGGGAGAUAAAUUCUUUGUAUGGUAGAUAUGUAAAUAUUGGGGAGAACAACUCCCUGUUAUAAGCUAGGGGAGGUUACUAUCUGAAGCACAUAGGAGGGAGGGAGAAAUGUCCAUUGACCACCAAAUAGGCAUGGAGGUUAUAGAUCUUAUAACACCCAAAUAUGAUCUAUAGUUUUGAUAUAUUUUAUAGCUGUGUUGAUUGAAACAAAAAAAAGGUUUUCUUUUGCUUCUUCCUAAUGUUGCAAGGAUUGAUCGGUGUAGAGGAAGUAAAUAAUGAUAUUGUGCAAUAAUUUUCUUGGCCUGGAACCAAAUGUGCUCAAAUCACUUCUUGUAAUGCAUGAGCCAUUUGAAAUGCAUCAGGUUGCAAAGAUGUGAAUAUAUCAGAAGUUUUGCUC